ACUCGUCGGAUAAACACAAAAAAAAAACAAAAUUCUUUCUGUAAAUUAAACUCACACAUACACAUCGGCGCACAAAUUAAAUUCGUCUAAAGAAUAGAGAGAAUGCUGAACAACAACCAUAAAAUAAAAAUAAUCAAAAUAAAAUAAUCUAAUAUGUGAUCAAUGUUAAAAUAAUUGUGCGAAUAAAACAUAGAAAUGCACCGAAAUAGCACCGAUUUCCUGCAAUCCGACAACUCAAAUUCAAUCAAUAAUAUUAAAACAAAAAUUUAUAAUAAUAAUAAUAAAUAAGAAUAGUGAGAAAGAGCAAGAAAGAAGAGAGAAGAGAAGAAGAAGAAAGAAAGAAAAAAACACCAAUGAAUGCGAUAUAUUGUCAAAGUGUAAAUAAUAAUAUUUAUGUGAAAGAAAAAUAUUGAAUGCGUGUAUAAAUAAAAGUGGAUUCAGUUCAUCUGUGCAACAUUCAAUUCGGUGAAGCUGCUAUGCUGUGCGAAUCGGCUUCCAGUCUCUUUGGCCGAAACCGAAAUUAAAUGAUAAAGAAAAAUUCGAUUUUCAAUUUUUGUUGUUAUUUAAACAAUAAUAAUAGUGUCGCUACACUUCAUCAUCUCUCGCACUUUGGCUCUCUCGGUUUUUCUUUUGGACAAAUCGCUCAAACAGUGGCUGCCGUAAAGUAAGCGCGUGUCUGUGUCGUUGAUGCGCGAGUAAAAGUGGAUGUGUACGUGUGUACACAUAUGUAAUGUGUUUUUUUGUAUGUGUGUGUGUGCGACAGAGAGUGUAUUUGUGUAACAAAGAGCAUAAACGAAACGGGUGCGCGAGUUUGAUUACAUUUGCUUCUUCUUUUUCAAUAUUUUCUGUAUGACUUAGUGUCGUAUGAAUAUGUGUACACAAAUUUGUGUACUUGGACAUAAUGCGUUUUGUAUCGUUGACUGUUUAUUCAAUAAGAUUUCAUUGGUAUAAAUCUGGGUCGUGUUGAGCAUAUAUAUUCGGUGUACAACAAUAACAGAAAAAUAAUUCAGACGAAAAAUUAAAACAACAACAAUCAUUUGAACAUACCACAAAAUUGAACAUAUGAACAUUGAGCAUUUUUAAUAGCCGAAGACAUUUGUUGCCCAUACAAAAUCGCUUAUCACAAAUUAUCGUCCGAUUGCAUCUGUACCGCAUACACAAAAUCCAAAACUGCAUGUAAUCUGAUCAUGUUAUUGCAAAAUAAAAAUGACAUAAACCAAUAAAACUAUAAAUAAAACACAUUGUAAACAACCCCUGUCCAAAAGCAUCAGUAUCGUGACACUUGUGCGAGAAGCUGAAAGAAAAGACGACAGUUUGUGUAUUUGAAUAGCGAGUGUGGGGCAGCCAACAUCUAAAUGUAGUGGCGAAUCUUCAACGACAAAGUAAACAUAUACAGUGAUUAUUGGUGAUUGCAUUGGUUAUUUAUGCGUUGCGCUAUCUUACUGAAAUUAAAGUGAAUGCAUAAGCCAAUGGAUGCAAAAUCAAGACGGCCAACAUUGACAUCAAAUCUAAACUAAAAUGUUGCUACAUGUCAACGAGAUCAGACGAUGAUACAUGCACAGCACACAUAUAUGUAUAAAAUUCAUUCUUGAAUGUCCAUUGUGACUGUGUGCAAGCAAACAAUUCUCAAUCAUUUCACGGAAAUUGCACACGGCAAAAGGAGAAACUAGAAAAAAAAACAGAAUAUCGAACGAUAAAAGAGCAACAAGAGACGAACAGAAAAUCGCAAAACCAAGCAGAAAUCAUCAAUCGACACGAAAUGACAUAGUGACAAUUGUUUUUAUCUCUUCGUCUACAUUGUAAAUGCGUUGUUCGUGUGCAAUAUUAUUUCGACGACAACAGCACACUAUCGCAUCCAAUUUCGAUUUCAUUUUCGAUUUCAACUCAAGCAAUUUACGAUCGGUGCAAUUGUAAUAGUAAUAAAAGAAGAAGGUGUUUUUGUCAACGAUGUUUUGUUCAGUGCUGUUUUAUAUUUAAUAUUCCAUGCAAAAAAAGAACAUCGACUAAUAACAUUUGGUUUUUGUUUAAAUAAACCGCAAUAGAAGAGGAGGAAGAAGAGUCGAACAAACGAUAUAAUAAAAUUUAAGAAGAGUCAUAAAAACCAAGUAACCAAAGUUUUUAAGGGAUCUAUCAAUACAAAGAAACAAAAAUGUCGAAGGUAUUAGCAGAGAAACCGACACGAUUGGAACGUUUAGCCAACAUGAAUAAACCAGUUCCAAUGAAAUUGUUUGCUGCGUGGGAAGUGGAUAGGACACCAUCAGAUUGUAUACCGAGAUUAUGUUCGUUGUCGAUAACAAGACUUACGCUUAUGAUGCCAUUACCUUCGGAUCUAACAUCAUUAUCGUUGGCUGUUAAAAUGCAAAGCUCAAAACGCACAUUAAGGUCUCAUGAAAUACCAGUGCCACAGACUUUUCUUACGGGUAGCAAUAGCGUUGGAUUUGGUAGUAGUAUGACAGGCAGUGCUCCACCAUCAUUGGCCGCAUGCAAUGUAAACAACACAUCAUUUGGCAGUAUUGGCGGUAGCGGCACAUCAUCAUUCUUCGAAACUGAUCUAGAUUUACAUUUUAGCUUACAAUAUCCACAUUUUAUCAAACGUGAUGGAAACAGACUACAGAUACUGUUGCAAAGGCGUAAAAAGUAUAAAAGUCGAACAAUAUUGGGUUAUAAAACGUUAGCUGAAGGCAUCAUCCGAAUGGAUGCGGUUUUACAAAAAUCGAUGGAUAUGACUGUUGAAUUAACCGCAAGCGGCAAAUCCGGGCGUCAAGGAUGCACCGUUGCCACACUACGAGCAGAUCGUGUUUCAUCGAUACCCGUGGAUCAUGACAAUAAAAAUAAUAAUAGCGUUGUUUUAGCAGAUCGUGUUAACGAAUUUUCCGACGAAGACGAAGAAAUUGAAUUUAGUUCAGGCGAAUACGAUCCAAAUAAUGGAAGCGGAAAUGGGCCAGGCGUGAGUGCUGAUCAUCUCACCGGUUACGAUGCAAAACGUGGUUAUGCAAUGAAACGUGAUUUGCGUAAAUAUCGUAAAAUUGAUCAAGUUGAAAACGAUGGUGAGGUGGAUGAUGGCGCGCUUGGAGCCAAUCCAGCUGACAGUGACAGUGAAUUUGAAAAUAUUAAAGUUAAAGGCACAUCACGAGCCAAAAUCAGUCACCAAAGAAAUUUCAAGCAAAAAAUCAUCGCAUUGUUAAAGCGAUUUAAAGUGCCAGAUGAAUUGGAAGGAGGUGGCUCCCGUGGGCCGGGAGCAUUGCGAGGCGAACGUGAAUUGGAUGCAUUAUUCCAGGAAUUGGAUUCGUUGUCAUGUUGUGAGGGUGAUGAUUCUGGACCAGAUAUGGACAGUUUAUCGGUUGGAUCGACACCAAAACCAUCAUUGCGACCGUUUUUUACCAAUUCAAAAAACAUGCUACACGAAAAUUUAAUGGGCAUUAAUCACCGACACACAACCGAAAAAUAUGAUGGACUUGCCGAAAAGAAAAGUGCUAAUUCAAUCACAUCAGAGAAAGGCGAUUGGAAGAACGACAGUUCAGGUAAUGAGGGUGCUGCUGGUACUGAUUUAGAAGGGCAAAACUCUGAUCCAUCGCAACAACAAUCAGCAAAUGCAACAAAUAGUCCACCACGUGAAAAGGAAACCAUUACAGAGCGACGGAAUAAACUUUUUCGCGCGACUAGCAAUACACCGAACAGCAAAAAGAAGCAAUCGCUUAGUUUAACAGCAGAUCAACAAGCAACAACACUUAAAUCAGUAUUAGAGUCAUGUUUAUCGCCAACAAAUGUUGAACCAAGAAAAUCAUUAUUGGAUCAACUAACCCGAACAUUUUCAACCGAAGAAGCCGUUUUACCCGAUGUGUUGUCAAUUUUUGGACCGCCUGAAUCACAUAGUACCGUUAUAAUGCAACGACUAGCACCGCUACUUUCAGCUUCACUUCGACCAACAUUUUCACCACAAAAUACGGCCGAAGUACGUGCCGUUUUGCAGGCGCUUAUGAAUAAAAUUCAUAAAUAUUGCAAUUCAACGGCAAAACCGCCAACAACAAUCAAAGUAUUAUUGGUUGGUGGCGAUUGGUUGCAGGGUGCAGUAUUACGGCAUUAUGUUGAUUUACUUGGUGUACGACCACCAGAUUGGGUGAAUCAUAUUCGUUUUUAUAUUGUUCCGUUAUGUUCUAGUUCCAUAUCAAGAUAUCUAAGCGCAAUCGAUAGUUCAUAUGCAUCAAUGUUUGGUAACGAUAGUUGGACUCAAUUAUGUGAAUCGGCCGCUUCGAUCGAUCCAGUUCAAGCAAAACCAGAGAUUCAAGAGAUUCUCAAUCGAAUUCAGCGAUAUUUACACACAGCUGGACCAUGCACACAAAUUCCCAUCGCCGAAGCAAUGGUUAAUUAUAAAGAUGAAGAUUCAUGUCAAAUUUUUGUACCAUUUGUUUGUGAUGUGAAACUGGGCUCAAUCGAACCACAUCAGUUGUCGGUUGAUUUGGAUGAGAGUUUAAUAUCGGGAUUAUUGCAACAAUCUCAACAAACGAGUGGCAACAGUCUAUUGUCGGGAUCAUCGCCGCCGCACAGUGGUCGCACAUCACCUCCGGUCACGCCAUCAAGCGUUCAAGUAUUGCAUCAUCAACAAUCGUUACAACAAAUUGUGAUGCCGCAAGUACAACAACAGCAACAACAAUCGCAAACAUUUCAAUUACAAUCGCAACAGGAACCAAUGGAACUGCAACUCGAAUAUUGGCUCAUCAAAACCACCAUUGACAAAGAUAAAAUUUUGGCUAAAGGUUUCGACCAAGGAAAAUGUAGCAUAAAAGGCACAUUCAGAAAUUUACAGGUGUGCCGUCUACCAUUGAAUCCACAAUCGGGAGAAAUUUCCCAGGGACUUGUAGUCAACUAUGCGACCAAAGAAAAGAAACAGAAAAUCAUGAGAUUGGGAAAAAAGAAAGAAAAAGAUCGUGACCAAGAGAAAGAGCAAUUUGUUGAUGGUGUUUCACGACUCAUUUGCAGUCCGAAUCCAAAACAAUCACAUCCGAUCCCAUUGAGAGUGUAUAUCGAUGGAACCGAAUGGACUGGCGUGAAAUUCUUUCAAUUAUCAUCACAAUGGCAAACGCAUGUAAAAAACUUCCCAGUUGGUCUCAUUGGCGCUCAAUUGACACCAUCCGAUUUAUCCUAGUCAUUUUGAACUUGAAACAAGAUUUAUUAUGAUGUUUUAUAAGUGAUUGAGACGGAAUUAAAUAACAAUCGUCAUCAAUUCCAAUGCAUUGAGCAUAUGAUGAAAAAGUUAAAAGAAAAAUGCAUGGUGCAUUGCAUUAUAUACAUCAUAAAUGAAGACAAUGAAUAACAAAAAAAAAAUUAAAAGAAAAAUAACAACAACAACAUCUUUGUAUUUGUAUAAUUUGUAUGUAUGUAUAAAAAAAAAAAAACUUGUGUAAACUUUUAAGAAAAAUCCUGUUCAUUGUGUUUUAAAAGAAAGAAAAAAAGUUUUUGGUUUUAGUUUAGUGAUUUGUGGAACAACACAGAAAUAUCAACAAAAAAGCAAACAAAUAAAAUGUCCUGCAAUUUCGUCUGUUGGUUUUCUUUUUGAGUGAAUGAGGUCAAUUGUUCUUUUGCUGAUAAAUCGUUGUUUCAUACGAACGACAACCCUUUUGUGGAAAAGGGCAGACCGCUUCAGUAAAAGUAAACGAAUAAAAAAAAAGAACAACUAAUAAAUAAUCCAAAGAAAACAAAGUUUUAGCAUGGUAGCUUAGUAAGUUAAAAGGAAUUCGUACAACAUUUAUUAAUCACAAUUUGUGGCAUAAUCUAUAUAAUAAAAUAUAUUGUGUGUUUUUUUAAAUUGAAUUUCCUUGGCAACAAAAACAUCUUAAAUGUUAUUAAUCGAAUCACAUACAUCACACUACAAACAAAAACUCUCGUUAUCUGUUGCGAUAAUAACAUUGCUAUACUCAUCAGAGGAAAAUGAAGAGAGAGAGAGAGAAAAAAACAGAACAAAAAAUCCACAUUUGCAAAAAUAAUCAUAAAUAUUACCAAUUACGUAUCGAUAUUAGACUAGGACAUGAAUGACAAGCAUCGUUUUUUUAAAACUCUUUUCAACGAUGAUUGUGAUGGAGAUGACGAUGAAUGAUGAUACAUGUCUGAGAGAGAAAAUACACAGAUCGCAACCGAAUUUUUAUGUGACACCAAUGAAUUUACACACACACACACACAUAUUUUUUUUUUCUUAGGUAUUGAUCAAAGCAUCUGUGUUUAUUUCGCUUACUCCGGAGCAAUAUAUUUAUAUAUCCAAAUGCUUUAUUUUAUCAAUUCUGUAUCAAUUGAUAUCAUUGUCGCGAUUAAAAUGCGGUUUGCAUUGUUCUAAAAUAUUAAUAUAACCAUAUAUAAAAACCAUAAAGCUGCUAGUCCUUUGAUUAUUAUAACUAAUGUAAAUUUAAUUUAAUUUUAUUAUUUUAAUCUUGAACUAUGUAUCUCAAUUGAGUUCUUUUUUUCCUACAAGCGUUUUUUUUACAUACACGAGAGAAAACGAAAUUAAUCACAAACGAAAAUAAGAUUAAAAAUUGAAUAAAGUAGAAUAAACGAAGCAGAAACAAAUUAUUUUUUGUGACUGACAGAACAACCGAUUGUAAUUAAUUCGAAUCAAAGGUUGCCCCCUAAAUUGCAUAGUGAACCUAAAACAUUUGUAAAAAAUAAGAAAUACGAAAGAAACGAAAGAAUGAAAUGAGUAACCGAAAUUCCAAAAGACAGUAUCGAAUGAAAUAAAAACGAGAGAAAAUGAAUCAAUUAAAAAUUUGAUAAAUAAAAUGAAAUUGAAAACAUUUGCUUUUAUGUUCUAAUUUAUUGUAAACGGUUUUAAUUAAUUCUAUAUGAUUCAUAAGUUUUUUUAGCCAGUUUUUUUUACCAAAAAAAUACCAAAAUGUAUUUUACAUCACUGAAAAGAUGAAGAAAAAAAAACAAAAUAUAUAUACUCAUUGAAACUGUGGUUUUUAAUUUUGUGAUUCUUACGCCAACCUGGAUCGAAUAAUAUUGUAAAAAAAAACAAAGACAAAAGAGACUAAUAAAGAGGAAACACAAUUUUAAAAUUUCUUUAGAAAAUGUCGACACAACAAAAAAUAAUAAUAAUAUCAUCAACUAACACAAUCGAGUGAGAUUCAUUAUCGCAUAGAAAAUUUAUUAGCUCAAAUCAGUAUGACGGCUACACCAUUAACAACUAGUAAUUAUAAUAAUAUAAAAAAAAGAAUCUAUUGCAUAAAUAAGUUACUAUUAUUGCAUUGGUUGAGAUACAGUAUUGAUGAAAAAAAAAAAAUUGACGUAGCACAGUUGAUUGAUAGUCAAGCAUACAGAGGACAACACAUAUCGUUUAAUGAAAACAAAAAACAAAAAAGCAUUUAAGUAAACUGGAAUUAAUCGAAUAAUAAAUGUUCAUUGCUAAUAUUUCUGCAUAUAUAAAUUGAUCUGAGCUGAAUUGUGCAGAUUAUGAUUUUAAAAACUGUUUUUUUUUUUAGAAAACCGAUGGGAAAAUGUUUUGCAGUAACUUUACUGUCCGGGUGAGUUCAAUUAAAUGUAUUAAUUGGACUGUUUUAAAAAGGCAUACAUGUACUCUGUGUUUGUCUUUCCAUACCGCUGAUUGAACUUUUCGUGAAACUAAGAAAGAAGGGCUCGCUUUUAGGACAAUUUCAUUUUUCAACGGCAAAAUUUUCAAAAAAAAAAAAAAAAAA